AUGGCCAAUAUCGGCUACGAAGACUUUUCCGGCGCAUCAACGCCAGCUGUUUCUGGAUCCUCUAACCCCUACGACGUGUUGAUAGGGGCAUGUCACAAUGAUCCAGCCACGAUCCAAGCACGUUACCACACCCACCGUACAGCUCGCAAUGCUCAACAGAAGGAGAAAAUACUAUCCUCUGACUUUGAUGGCUGGAAACUCGAUCCAAUUUUGACCAAGCUCGAGGGCCCAGAAGGUCUCCGUGAUCCUAACUUUACAGACCCGAGAAACUGCCUCGUCUUCUGGGCUCGACCGCCACAGAAAGUACGCUCACUGAUACAGCUCGUCCAGCAGAAACUAAAACACGUUGUUCCGGACCUCUGGCUAAUGCCCUUACUAAAACUGCACAUGACAGCCCUGGAAGCCACGCAUUCACUUACCCCUCCUGAAGUUGAGGCAUUAGCUGAACGGCUACAAAAUGACGACCGCCACGAAGCCAUCGCAGAUCUUCCUGCCCAACCUGGAAAAGGAGCAAGGUUAAUCAAGCCAAUGCUCAGCUUUGACGCCGCAGCACUAGCACUCUCAUUCGUUCCAGCUGCCAACGAGGCUCUUCCCGUGCCCUACCGCCCUCGAGACGACAAUUACACCUACCAGCAUCUCCGCCACGACCUCUGGGCUCUCAUCACAGACGCAGGCGUAAGAGUCGGAAGCCGUUACGUCGUCCCAAGCGCUCACCUGACCAUCGCCCGCUUCAACUCUCCCAAUCCAUUUGCCACGGAGAACGAAGACCCGCUCGACGCUCACUCCGGUAUCGACCUCGAAAAGAGACAGAGACUAAUCCGUGAAAUCGAAACGAUCAACCACUGGCUCGAAGAGGAGUAUUGGCCACAACUACAGCCGCUCAAGCGCACAACAACCGAUGCAGUAACCGACACAACACCAGGUACAGACACAGACGCACAAACACAAAAACAGCAAAACGAAGACUUGGUCGAGACGAUCAAACCAGGCGGUGAAUGGAUAGUAGGAGAGGAGCAAGGCCUCGAUUUCAGAAAAGGUGCGCUUUGGUAUGGUGGGGGCGACACUGUGUAUUUGGGUAAAGGUAUUAGUCGGCAUGAUGAAGUUGAGAGUAAACCAAGGAUGAAGCUGAGCGAUGUUAUGGGAAAGUAUCAAGGUGCGGCAUAG